GGGCAAUUAUGGCGGUGAUCAUGACAUCCUCAUCCGCGGCCAUUGGCUCUGCAUCGACUCGGUCUCCCAAUGAAGCAGCCAGAGUCACCGAAGAUCAUGAAAAUCCUCGUUCGGCCCCGUUGUUAACAAGGACAACAUCGAAUUUUUCUCACCGUGAACCCCAGAGUGCAUCUCGUAGCGGACACCAAUCAACCGCAUCACAGCCGUCUGGUGAUUUCAACGCCCAACACAGAGGUGGAACAGGUAUUGGUAGAAUCUUCAACAUGUCCCGACGAACCAAACGAAGGGAACGAUCCGCUUCUGCUGCUGCGGCCACUGUAGAGACUCACCACCCAUCAUUAUCGAUCUCGGGAUCAGUUUCAGAGGGCAAACAUUCAGGAAGUUUGACUCUUCUUCCCCCACAGGCACCUCCUCCGAAACUCGAGUACGUCAAGCUUCCCGGUGUUGAAUAUACUCUGACCACGGAUAUUAGCUUCCUAGCAAUUCUUUGUGGGGACCAUGGCGAGAAAGUCGAAUUGUUCGCGGGCACUUAUCGCACGGCACUAGCCCUUUCACGUACAUUCAUCUUACCAGAUUCACCAAAAACGCUGGAACUGCAGCUGCAGGGUGACGACCUGGUAGAAGUGUUUUUGGUGUUUUCUCAGAACGUGUUUGGCCUUGAACCAGCGACAGUUCGUGUACGCGAAGUGCGCAUCGGCAGAGCUGAAAGACGAGCGGCAAGACGGAGAGCUAAUCGAGGCGCAAAUCGAAUGCCCACCGACGAAAAUAAUGCAGAGCCAAUGGCCGCGGAUGAGGAU